GAUGUGAGCUUUAGAGAGCCUCGCGGCUCAAAGUGGCGUAAAAGUUCUCUCUAUGUACACGCAAAGGCAAAAGCGAUGCUGAAAGAGCUUACACUUCACCAAUAAGUUUCGGAACUCCCGCCAUGAUUAAUUUCUUCUCCAACUUUCUCAUGAAUGCUCUAUCAAUCGCUGCAGCAUUUCGAGCUACGUUGGUUUCUGAUUCUCAUGUUGGGUGGAAUCGUUUUUGUUGCUUGUUUUGGUGCUAUUGUUUGUUUGAUGAAACGUAAAUAGCUCGGUUCAUGUUGAAGUUGGCGGAUGAUCGAUUCUAUUCUAUGCCUGAGUUCUUGCUGAUAGUUCGAAUUGUCAGGGGACUUAGACAUGCUUCUUGGUCCCACACGGAUGAAUCAUUUUUGGUUUGAGUAAGACGAGGAGGAUAAUGAAUGUGAAACAUCAUUCUUCUUUUUUUGGAACUCCGCUCCAUAGCUCAUUGCAUUAUGUAAACAAUGGAAAGUUUAUUUAUUUGCGUCGAAGCCGAUUGUCGAAAUGGGACUCUAAGAGGUACAUAUGUGCAAAGCAAAACAAUUGGGAUGCUCGAGUAGAUGGAUUUUCGCGUUUUUGUAUGCAGCAUUUGAAGUCAUUGAGUAUGAAGCUUGGGACAAGAUACGAGUCUUUGAUGAAAUGUGCCAACGAGCCUUUUGCUCUAACAAAAACUCUAUCGAGUUUCUUGCGUCCUGUGUGGAACGAGGGGUUGUUUUUGAUUAGAUGUUCUGCUUUUGUUGCAGUUGUAUCUGGUAUAUGCUUACUGGUUUGGUAUGGGCAGACAAAAGCCAAGGGUUUUGUUGAAGCUAAACUUCUUCCUUUUGUUUGCAAAGCAGUCAGUGACCAUAUUCAGCGUGAUCUUGAUUUUGGAAAGGUUACAAGUAUUUCACCCUUGAGCAUCACACUAAAGUCAUGUUCGGUUGGUCCAGAUGGUGACGAAUUCUCUUGCGGCGAAGUUCCCACCAUGAAGAUUCGUGUUUUACCUUUUACCAGUCUGAGAAGAGGGAGGGUAAUAAUUGAUGUGGUAUUGUCUAAUCCAAUUGUGCUAGUUGUGCAGAAGAGAGAUUAUACUUGGUUGGGGCUACCCUUUCCAUCUGAAGGGACCUCGCUGAGGCCUUCUUCUUCUGAAGGAGGUAUUGACAGUCGUACUAAAAUAAGAAGAAUUGCCAGGGAAGAUGCUGCUGCUCGCUGGUCCAAAGAUAGGUAUGAUGCGGCUAGGGAAGCAGCUGAGAUGGGAUUUGUUGUUUCUGACAGGAGUCCAGGUUCGUAUGAUAGUAGUGCUUCGAAGGAGGAUAUACGUCCUACGGUAGAUGUUGAAAACUCUAAAACUUCUUUUCUCACGGACGAAAAUGUUCAUUUGAGAAAACAUCGCUGCAUGGAUACAGAUGUGGAAUACAAAAUAAAGCAUUCAAAUACAGAGAAGUAUUUUGAUGCAAAAAACCCUGAUAUGCGGCUUAAAUUCUUGUCUAGAGUAAUGAAAGUGCCAAUGAAAGGUCAAUCAAAGAGGAAGGCAAGUGGAGACGAUGUGUAUCUAAAUAGUUCCACCGCCAAAAUGAGAAUUCUUAGGCGCAGUACAUCGGCAGCUCGGGGUUAUUUCAAGGGUGCAUCCGAGGGGAAGUUUGGUGAGCCUUCACAAUUGCACAGGAGUUUCAAUAUUGUGAACCCUGAUGCCUACUUGGUCAAAAGUGUGAAUGAAACUGAUGCUGACUCCUCCAUCAUGAAUACUAAUGUCCAGAAUGGGAACCAAAGUUUAGAUGCCAGAUUGCAUUCUAUUAAAGAAGGAGAUAUUGAUAUUCUGAACCAUAUAGAUGAUAAGAGUUCAACAAUUACAGGUUUGGGCAAUAAGGACAGAAGAUCCUUUUCAGUUACUUCCAGCAGCCAUGAAUCUAGUGUGAAAAAGGAUGAUGUUAUAGGAUCUGAUCAUAUUUCUGAAGGAACAUCUGAUCAAAUGUGUCAUACAUUUCAAACACCAACUUCAACCAUUUAUGAACAUCAGAAUGGAACAACUUGGCCAAUUUCCUUCUCGGCACUAAACCAAAAAUCAGAUUUAUCUUAUUUUCCUAAAGACGUGGGGAAGAAGCUGUUGUACCAUCUAAGCACGUUCGUCCAAAAGCUGAAAUUUAUCUUGGUUCAAUAUGCUAGAGGUGUUGUUGAUGAUGGAGAUGUAUGGAAGAAUGAAGGUACUGAGACGAUGCUUCCAGUAACGAUUGAUUCUGUUCAUUUCAGAGGCGGGACACUUAUGUUUCUUGCAUAUGGUGACAGAGAACCAAGAGAGAUUGAGAAUGUUAAUGGACAUGUGAAAUUUCAAAAUCAUUAUGGCAACGUGCGUGUUCAUUUGAGUGGUAAUUGUAAGACAUGGAGAGAAAUUGACUCUGGAGAUGGUGGCUGGUUAUCUGCGGAUGUUUUUGUUGAUACCUUUGAGCAGCAAUGGCAUUCAAAUUUGAAAAUUACCAACCUAUUUGUUCCGCUUUUUGAGAGAAUUUUAGAUAUUCCAAUCACGUGGUCCAAAGGAAGAGCCACUGGUGAGGUUCACUUGUGCAUGUCAAGAGGAGAUACGUUUCCUAAUUUUCAAGGGCAACUUGAUGUGACAGGGUUGGCCUUUAAGAUCUCUGGUGCUCCAUCAAGCUUUACCGAAAUAGCGGCAAGUUUAUCUUUCCAUGGUCAGAGAAUAUUUGUACAGAAUGCAAGUGGUUGGUUAGGCAGUACUUCAUUCGAGGCAUCUGGUGACUUUGGGAUUCAUCCGGAGAAAGGAGAGUUUCGUUUGAUAUGUGAGGUUCCUUGUGUUGAAGUAAAUGCCCUGUUGGAAACUUUCAAGACCCGACCUUUCUCGUUCCCUUUAGCUGGUUCAGUAACGGCUGUGUUCAACUGUCAAGGCCCAUUGGAUUCCCCCAUCUUGGUAGGAAGAGGAAUGUUUUCCAGGAAGAUGAAUCAUUCAAUUUUGGAUCUUCCUGCAUCAUGUGCUUCUGAAGCAGUUGUGAAAAGUAAAGAAGCUGGUGCAAUGACAGCAGUUGAUCGUUUUCCACUUUCCAAUGUCUCAGCAAAUUUCACUUUCAACUUCGACAACUGUGUUGCUGAGUUGUAUGGAAUCAGAGCCAACCUUGUAGAUGGUGGUGAAAUUCGAGGGGCAGGGAAUGCAUGGAUAUGUCCAGAGGGUGAGCUGGAUGAUACAGCAAUGGAUCUAAAAUUUUCAGGAAAUGUAUCAUUUGAUAAAAUCUUGCAUCGAUAUAUGCCUGGCUAUUUUGACCUGAUGCCACUCAAAUUGGGGAUUUUAAACGGGGAAACCAAAGUUUCUGGAUCCCUCUUGAGACCGAGGGUUAACAUUAACUGGACUGCACCACUAGCUGAAGGAUCAUUCAGAGAUGCUCGAGGAGAUAUCGAUAUUUCCAAUGAUUAUAUUAUUAUUAACUCUUCCUCUGUUGCUUUUGAACUGUAUUCAAAAGUGCAAACAUCAUAUGCUGACGAGAAUAUGCUAGGUGAUGAAGCGUUUGAUGCAAAGAAGACUCCGUCAUGUACUAUUGAUGGAGUGGAGUUGGAUUUACAUAUGCGUGGUUUUGAGUUCUUGAGCUUUGACUCUAUUUUUGAAUCUCCAAGGCCUACGCAUCUAAGAGCAUCUGGAAGGGUUAAGUUUGUGGGGAAAGUUCUGAGUCCUUCGACUGGUAGCUCUAGUCAAGAUUUUAGCAUUGAGAAGCGUAAGCAGCAGGUGCAGAUAAUUGAUGAUGAGAAUAUAAAUAGUCUUGCUGGCGAGGUCUCAAUUUCUGGUCUUAAGCUGGAUCAGUUGAUUCUGGCACCUAAGCUUGUUGGGUUAUUGAGCAUGACUCGUGAGUCAAUCAAGUUGGAUGCAACAGGUCGGCCUGAUGAAAGUCUUUCAGUAGAAAUUGUGGGGUCAUUGAAACCUAGCUCUGAUAAUUCUAGUAAGUCGAAGUUGUUCUCUUUUAAUCUCCAGAGAGGGCAAUUAAGAGUCAAUGCAUGUUACCAACCUUUUCGAUCUGCACAUUUGGAGCUACGUCAUUUGCCACUUGAUGACCUGGAGCUGGCUUCACUUAGGGGAGAAAUACAAAGGGCAGAAAUUGAACUUGAUCUUCAGAAAAAAAGAGGUCAUGGGGUUUUAUCAGUACUUGGCCCAAAAUUCAGUGGCGUGGUGGGUGAAGCUUUUGAUAUAGCUGCUAGAUGGAGUGGAGACGUGAUCACCCUCGAGAAAACUAUUCUAGAGCAAAGCAACACUCGAUAUGAGCUUCAAGGUGAAUGUGUGCUACUUGGAAGCCCUGAUCGAAAUGUUACUGGUAAGGAAAGUAGUAAUUUUUUGAAAAAGGCAAUGGCUUUGCAUCUUAGCAGUGUCAUUUCUUCCAUGGGAAGAUGGAGGAUGAGACUGGAAGUUCCCAGGGCUGAAGUUGCUGAGAUGCUUCCAUUGGUCCGACUUCUUUCUCGAUGUAUAGACCCUUCAGCUCAUUCAAGAUCCAAGGAUCUUUUUAUUAAAAGUUUGCAAGCUGUUGGAUUAUCCACUGAAAGUGUUCAAGAUCUGAUCGAGGUGAUACGGAGGCAGUGUAUUCUAUCAGAGGAAAUUGUUCUGGAAGAUUUGCCUCUUCCAGGUUUAUCUGAACUCAGAGGCCGCUUGCGUGGUUCUCUUGAUGCGAGUGGUGGAGGCAAUGGGGAUACAAUGGCAGAAUUUGACAUUCGUGGGGAGGACUGGGAAUGGGGAACCAACAAAAUGCAGCGUGUUUUGGCAGUUGGUGCAUACAGCAAUAAUGAUGGUUUGCGGCUUGAAAAUUGUUUUAUCCAGAAGGAUAAUGCCACAAUUCAUGCAGAUGGAACUUUGUUUGGCCCUUUAUCUAGUCUUCACUUUGCUGUUCUAAAUUGUCCUGUCGGUCUAGUUCCUACUGUGGUUCAGGUAAUUGAAUCUUCAGCAAAAGAUCUUGUUCACUCAUUGAGGCAACUUGUAGCUCCGAUUAGAGGUAUACUGUACAUGGAGGGAGAUCUCAGAGGUAAUCUUGCAAAACCAGAAUGUGAUGUGCUAGUAAGGCUCCUUGAUGGUGCCAUUGGUGGCGUUGAUCUUGGUCGAGCUGAAGCUGUUGCUUCCCUUACCUCAAGCAGCCGUUUUUUGUUCAAUGCAAAAUUUGAACCAAUUUUCCAAAAUGGCCAUGUACACGUUCAAGGAAGCAUUCCUGUGAUGUUUGUCCAAAAUAGCAUGGCAGAGGUAGAAGAAUUGGAAACAGAUUCAAGUAGGGCAACUUUGAUCCAUUGUUGGGGGAAGGAAAGGGUUAUGGACAAGUUCAAUGACAGAAAAAAUUCCAGAGAGAAAAAUGAAGAAGACUGGACUACUCAAUUGACAGAAGGCCUUAAAGGAUUAAACUCGAACCUUUUGGACGUAGGAGAAGUUAGGUUUGAUGCUGAUAUUAAAGAUGGAGGCAUGCUGUUACUAACAGCUUUGUCUCCUCAUGUCAACUGGCUUCAUGGAAAUGCUGACAUCUUACUUAAGGUAAGCGGCACCAUUGAGGAACCUGUAUUCGAUGGAUCUGCAACUUUCCACAGGGCUUCAGUAUCUUCGCCCGUGCUCCCUAAACCACUCGUAAACUCCGGUGGCAUGAUUCAUGUUAGAUCAAAUAGGCUGUGCAUCGAUUCCUUGGAAUGUCGUGUAAGCAGAAAAGGAAAGUUGACUGUGAAAGGGAAUCUGCCCCUUAGAUCCAGUGAAGCAUCCCUUAGCGACAAGAUUGAUUUAAAAUGUGAAGCUCUGGAAGUACGCGCAAAGAAUGUAUUCAGUGGCCAAGUUGACUCUCAAAUGCAAAUUACUGGGUCAAUAUUGCAACCAAAUAUAUCUGGAAAUAUUCAAUUGAGUCGUGGAGAAGCAUAUCUACCACAUGAUAAGGGCAGUGGAGCUGCUUCAUCUAAUAAAGUCCUACCAGACCAGUUUUUCAGUCCAGAAUCUACAGCGUUGAAAACUAGAUUCCAUCAACCUCGAGAUAAAUCAGCUGAGACCGAGAAGGCGUCCAGAAAUGUAAACAUUAAACCUCGUGUCGAUGUCUGCCUUAGUGAUUUGAAGCUUGUUCUCGGACCAGAAUUAAGAAUUCUUUAUCCUUUGAUUCUCAACUUCGCUGUUAGCGGAGAGCUUGAGCUAAAUGGGUGUGCUCAUUCUAAACGUAUUCAACCAAAAGGAAUUUUAACUUUCGAUAAUGGUGACGUAAAUCUUCUUGCAACCCAGGUAAGACUGAAACGGGAACAUCGAAAUAUAGCAGCAUUCGAGCCUGAGAAUGGGCUUGAUCCAAUGCUGGAUUUGGCUUUAGUAGGCUCCGAGUGGCAGAUUAUAAUACAAAGUCGCGCUAGCAAAUGGCAAGAUAACUUGGUGGUGAUGUCAACCCGUUCUGUGGAACGAGGUGCUCUCUCGCCCACCGAGGCUACCCAGGCGUUCGAGAACCAGUUAGCGGAAUCAAUAUUGGAGAGCAACGGGCAAUUAGCAUUGAACAAGCUUGCAGCUACUACGCUGGAGAAACUAAUGCCAAGAAUAGAAGGAAAAGGUGAAUUUGGUGAGGCUAGGUGGAGAUUAGUGUAUGCUCCUCAAUUCCCAAGUGUAGUCUCCUUCCCGACCACCAAUGAUCCUUUUAGCUCACUCUCAUUCGGCACAGUUGUUGAAGUCCAGCUUGGAAAGCGCAUUCAGGCCUCGGUUGUCCGGCAAAUGAGGGAGUCGGAGAUGGGCAUGCAGUGGACGUUGACGUACAAGCUAAGGAGUGGAUUGCGAUUGGUGUUUCAGUCAGCUCCAGCUCAACGAACGCUGGUGCUUGUGGAAUAUUGUGGUGCAUCACUGGAUUAACGUUAACUUUUAACUUUAACUUAGUUGUUGUUGUUGUUAAAUUAAAGAAGAAGUUGGUAUAUCAGAAGGUCUGCUGCUCAUGAUUGACAAGUUGCACAUUCAACUUUUAUAAAAUGGUAUUUUGUUUUAA